CUUUAAUAAAUAAAUAUACAAAAAAAUAUGACAGAAUCAGAUUUCUCGCAAUUUCUGUUUGAAUAACAUGAUCCAAAGAAAUUCUAUAAAUAUGAGGAAAUUAAAAAUCAUAAAGGAUUUAGGCUUCCAAAUGAAAAGGAAAGUACAAUUUAUUUAUAGGAUGAUGACGGAGGGUAAAUAAAAUGUUUGAAUUUAGUUGGUGUGAUUUAAAUGGUUGCUAUUAUAAUUCUGAAGGUUAACCAAGUGGUUGGAUUGUAUUAUCAAAGGAUGGGAAAAAAUAUAUGAAAUUUAAUAUGAAUACUUGUUUGAUUUAAGAGAAUUAGAAUAUUUAUUAUUCUAAUAAUUCAUAUGAUGCAGCAAUUUCUGAAUAAUAUUUAAAGCAAUAUAGAAAAAAUUAAGAAUAACAAUAACAAUAAUAAAAAAAUUAAAAAGAAUUUAGAAAAUAAUAAAAUCGUAACUAAGAUCCAAAUAAGAAAUAACAGAACAAAAAUGACGAAUAACAAGUUUUAGAUUGUGAAAAAGUUAAAUCCGUAAAAGAAAAAGCAAAAGGUUAAGCUUAGAUUUAUAAUGAAGAAAAAAUAAAUUAAAAAGACAAUCCAAAGAAGGAUUAAACAGAUAAACAACAAAACUAAAGGAAUAUGAAAAAAAAUAAUAAAAAAAAUAAAUAAAAGAAGGAUGAGAAUUAAAACAACUCUGAAUUAAAUAAAUAUUACAUAUUGAAUAUUAAUGAAAAUGCUUUGAGCAAAGAUUAGUUUAUAAAAUAUUUAAUUGAAGAGUACAAAAUUAAAGAAAAGGAUAUAUUAGAAUACAAUGAAGAAAAUAUAAAGCUAGCUUAAGAAAAAGAUGCUAUAACAUUAUAUAGAAUUAAUCAAAAAGAACAAGUUAAUAAAGUUUAAAAAUUUAUUGUCUCCACAUGA